GAACUCUGAAGUAUCACUUCUCUCUCCUUCCAGAUUCAAUAAUCAACAAUGAAGACAAUUCUAUUGCCUUUGACAGCUUAGUGAAGUAUCCUUGUAAUAGUUUUGGAAAACCAAGUACAGAGGUGAAGGUCAACAGGAGAACAGUAUUUGGAACUACAACCCUUGUCUUGACUGAUUUCAGCAAUAAAUCCAGUGCUUUGGAAGGAAAAACAAGCCAAAGUGGGAUACUAGGCAGAGAAUUUCAAAACUCUCCUCCGACUGACAUGUGUUUUAGGGAUCCACUGCACCCCUCCAAGGAGAGAGCAAACCAUAGAACUCAACCAUCUAACAGAGUAAACGGAUCACCUACGGCCUGUUCUCAGUCCAAAUUAUUUAGUCCAGCCUAUAAAAAGUUAAAAACAACCCACUCCUCAUCACCAGACCUCAAAAGUGGUAGCCCUGGAUUUUCUAACAGUGAACUUGGAAUUAACAUGACAGAUGGUACCUGUGCAUUAAAUGCUGGCAGUCCUCGCUGCGGUAAACACAAGCGCCUGUGUGUUCUACGCGUUGUGCGGAAGGAUGGCGAAAACAAGGGCAGGCAGUUUUACGCUUGUCCUCUACCUAGACAAGCGCAGUGCGGAUUUUUCCAAUGGGCGGAUCUGUCCUUCCCAUUCUGCAACCAUGGCAGACGCUCUAUCAUGAGAACGGUGUUGAAGAUUGGACCCAAUAACGGAAAGAAUUUUUUCGUGUGUCCUCUUGGGAAGGCAAAACAGUGCAAUUUUUUCCAGUGGGCAGAAAAUGGACCAGGAAUAAAGAUGAUUCCAGGAUGCUAAUAUUUUCUCCUUCUGUGGAAUAUCUGGCAUUUAACGCCUUUAAACCAUACAUAAUGUUUAGUUCCCUUUUGUUUAAUAGAAAGGUUGUAAAACAUCCUGGCACAUUGUAUAGUGACCGUAAUAUAUGAGAGCUGUUCACUUUUUUUUUUUUUUAAUGUAUGCUGCUUUCCAUUCUUGGCUGUGUAUUUUUUUUACCCUGAUAAAGGCUAUAUGUGUUCCAUCGAAUGUAUAGUAUAUUCCACUUAUCAUGUUUAUAUAAUGCAUUUAAUAAUGACAAUAAAGAAUUUUUAGUGUGC